UUUUUUUCCUGCAUAAAAAGAGGUCCUUCCUUUUGGAGGGCUGUGAAUAACAAUACAGGUAGUUCUCGACUUAACAGUUGUUCAUUUAGUGACCACUGGAAGUUACAACGACCCUGGAAAAAAGUGCCUUAGGAUCAAAAUUCGGCCUCUUGGCAACUGACUCAUAUUUAUGACGUUUGCUGUGUCCUGGGGUCGUGUGAUCCCCUUUUGCGACCUUCUCGCCAGCAAAGUCGAUGGGGAAGCCGGAUUCGCUUAAAAACCGGGUUACUAACUGAAUAAGGGCAGUGAUUCGCUUAACAACGGUGGCCAGAAAGGUCGUAAAAUGGGGCAAAACUCACUUAACGAUGGCAUUGUUUAGCAACGCAAAGUUUGGGCUCCGUUGUGGUCGUAAGUCAAGGACUACCUGUAAUUGCAUUUGUUUUUCCUUUAAACGGGCGGGGUUUGGUGAACUGUGAGUGACACAAUUUGAGGGGGGUCAACGAGGCAUGGGUGCUGAGAGGGACCCCUCCCUUGCCCUAACCGUGUUUGUAUAGCUGUUUUUAAGCUGUGUUUUGGGCUUAAAAUGUGGCUUCAUUUCUGGAGUCUGGCCUGUGUUUUGGAGACGUUGGGUUUAAGUCACACACCCUAAAAGCUUUCCCUUCAAGAGAAGAUUGGAUGGCCAUUUGUCCGGGAUAGUAUAAGGGCUCGUGGUGUAAGAGGGUUGGACUAGAUGUCCUCCGAGAUCCCUUCUAGCCCUACGAUUCUGUGGGGACUAAAGAGGCAGAUCCUGUCCGAGGGACCCCAUGACGCUGAGAUCGGGGUACUUGGAAGGUCAGUUGGUUGGAAAACCAGAAGGCUGUGAAGGAGGCCGGAGGGGAAGUGUCCAUUCUGGCUCUGUGUGAGUCUUGGUUUUCCAGCCAGCUUGUGUUCCACAUCCUUUAAUAAUGGAUGAAUAAUUGCUCUAAAUGUGAGACCAAGUGAGUUUUCCAUCUCUUAAAUCAGGGGUCUCCAACCUUGGCAACUUUAAGCCUUGUGGACUUCAACUCCCGGAAUUCCUCAGCCCUCCAUACCUGUUUCUUUUCUUCCACUGUCUAGAGCGGAGAGAUUGCAGAGAAAGGGACCACAAGAGAGUAAGCAGGCAUACAGUGGGGAUACAUAUCAAAAGGAACGAGUUAUUGCCAGGGAAUUCUGGGAGUUGAAGUCCACCUAUCUUAAAGUUUCCAAAUUUGGAGACCCCUGUCUUAAAGCUUUUCAGGUAUUUGGUUCUAUUUUAUUCAGUUUUAUAUUAUUUGAUGAAACUUAGCCUAGAUGUAGAGAAAGCCUUUAUCAGACUAAAGGCCUCUCUACGCAAACACAAUUUUCUUGUGUCUCCUACAUCUGGCCUUCAUCUGUAGCCUUGAGGACUAGGAACCUUUACAGUUAUCAUUUCUAAUUUGACUCGGCCCGAAUGGCAAUUAGACCAGCACCUUGUGGCCCUGAGUUCCCCAGACCAGCCAUCUAUCUGCCUUGUACCUGACAAAAUAAGUCAAGGGCUCCCUGUAAAAUGGAAGGAAAAAAAACCUGGAUAAAUAUCUAAAUAUAUGUACAUUUGAAAAAGACUUUCCCCUAAAAUAUACAUAGUGGUGUCUCUGAUUUUUUCAUUUGGAGAACUGUAGGUCCAAAUUUUAAUAUCAGAAAAUUACAGACUUGAGGGCUUUGUCAUUUUUUGUUAGAUAAAUUGAGGAUUUUUUUCUCCUAACACCGAUCUGUUUGAGUCUUCUGUUUUCCCAACUUUCCAGGAAAGUUGGAAAUGUGAAUUUUAGGGGAUUUUUUCCCCCCUCCUGUGGUCUUAAAUCAAAGGAAGUGUAUUUGAUUUGCUCAUUUAUUUUGUUUUUUUAAUGAAGGAAAGCAAACAUUUUAAACCACAUGCCUUCUGUACUCGCAUCUGAAAUGUUUUGAAAAUCCAAGUUAGUUUGAAACUUUUGAACAGGGAAAAAUAUAAAUAGCGAAAGCUCCCUUGCUGUAGGCGUUACACUGUUUCCCUUGCAGUUUUAUUUGUAUUUGAAAACCUGGUUUCUUUGUGGUUUAGUGUAUAACUCCUUAGUGGUAUGGAUUCAAGCACUGAGAUUUAUAAAACACAAUUUGUGGUGUAAUGUAACAGGUGAAUCCAGCUCAUGUUGGCCUAUUCAAUAGACCAUCAUUAGUAGAAAUCAGUGUGUUUUGGCCAUAAACUAGAAUUAAACCCCAGUUUCCAGCAAAAAAAUUAAAAUUGUACAUUACCUUGUGACACUCCAAAUAUCCAUAAAUGCAGGCCGGUUGUUGAACGUCGAAAAUGCAACCACCUAACCGGAGGGGUGGCCAUUACAACUUUAAAACCAGGUUGUAAGUAGCACUGGGAAGGUCUGUCAUAACUUGGAAGGGUCGCUAAGCGAGGACUACCUGCCAGCGGUCCCUUGACUUCACCUGUUGUUUUCAGUUUUGAAUGCUUUCGGUGGCAUCUGAGGUAGUUGUUUUAUUGUGAUGCUGGAAGGGAAUAGAAAACUACACUCUGUGUGUCGGGAACGCAACUACAGUGUUGUGAGGCUUUCUUCUUUUCUUUUUUCUGCAUUUUUGCUUUUCUCUCUCACUCCUCCCUUCUCUUUAUUGGAAGCUGGAAGCUUCAGGGGUGCAUCCUACCUGCUCCAUUGCAGAACCUCCAUUCGCUCUAGGAACAGCUAAGCCAGGUUAACCAGGUUUAGCUGAUUAGAUGACGGGAACACGCAGUAAGGUUUUACCGGAGGAAUUGAAUUAAGAAUAGCUUCUAGGCGUCUUCCCAGGUGCCCUGUGACUCUUCUGAGGUAGACUGCCCCUCCACAGGAGGCUCCAUCUCCUGCCCGGGCCCAUGCUCAGCGCUCGGCCGCCGUUUCUGUGUGAACAAUUUCUUAUUUCUCUUUAUUUCAGCCAGGCGAGAGGCCGGGCGGCCUCCCAGGCACAGCCUCCCCCUGCCAGGGGUCGUAGCUUGUAUUAACUGCAGUUGGGUAGGAUCUGGCGGAGGCCGGGGAGCCCUCCUGGCCUGAACCCGGCGGCCGGUGCUUGACCCUGCCUGCACCAGAAGGGACGGUUUGGAGUCGCAGCAACACCCUUCUCGCCAGGGUUCAAGAUAGCCCAAUGGCGGAGCCGCGCUUUAACAACACCUAUUUUUGGCCACCGCCUCCCACCAUGCCCAGUCAGCUGGACAAUCUAGUCCUGAUCAACAAAAUCAAGGAGCAGCUCAUGGCGGAGAAGAUCCGUCCCCACCAUCUGCCCCCUACCUCGGUGUCUUCCCAGCAGCCCCUGCUGGUGCCCCCUUCGCCCGCGGAGAGCAGCCCUUCGAUCAUGUCCAUUCCUAAGCUCCAGCAAGUCCCGGGGCUUCACCCCCAGGCGGUUCCCCAGCCGGACGUGGCCCUCCAUGCACGCCCUGCCACCAGCACCGUCACAGGUUUGGGGCUGGGGUCCCGCACUCCUGCCGUCAGCACUUCUGAAUCCAGUACAGGGACGGGCACCAGCACCGCCUCCACCCCCACCUCCUCCAGCCAGAGCCACCUCAUUGCCUCCUCGCCCACCCUCAUUUCGGGGAUCACCAGCCCCCCACUGUUGGACUCCAUCAAGACAAUCCAGGGCCACAGCCUGCUGGGGGCCCCCAAGAGCGAACGAGGCCGCAAGAAGAUCAAGGCCGAGAACCCGUCGGGACCCCCAGUCCUCGUGGUCCCGUAUCCCAUUUUAGCUUCGGGAGACAUCGGCAAAGAAGGGAAGACGUACAGGUGUAAAGUCUGCCCGCUUACCUUCUUCACCAAGUCGGAGAUGCAGAUCCACUCCAAGUCACACACCGAGGCCAAGCCGCACAAGUGCCCGCAUUGCUCCAAGUCCUUUGCCAACGCCUCCUACCUGGCGCAGCACCUGCGCAUCCACCUGGGUGUCAAGCCCUACCACUGUUCCUACUGCGAGAAGUCCUUCCGCCAGCUCUCCCACCUCCAGCAGCACACCAGAAUUCAUACUGGAGACAGACCGUACAAGUGCCCGCAUGCCGGUUGUGAAAAGGCUUUCACACAGCUCUCUAACCUCCAGUCACACCAACGGCAGCAUAACAAAGACAAACCCUACAAAUGUCCAAAUUGCUACCGGGCGUACUCGGAUUCGGCUUCGCUCCAGAUCCACCUUUCGGCGCAUGCAAUCAAGCACGCAAAGGCCUACUGCUGCAGCAUGUGUGGGCGAGCGUAUACGUCAGAGACGUAUUUGAUGAAGCACAUGUCAAAACAUACGGUGGUGGAACACCUGGUGAACCAGCACUCUCCUCAGAGGACGGAGUCCCCCGGCAUCCCUGUUCGGAUAUCCCUCAUCUGAAACGCAGAGAAGCAGCGGCCCUCCCCUUGCGUGACGGACCUUCGCAAAGGCCCGAAACGAGAAAGGGAGCAAAGAUGGAGAUCUUCGGAUUAUGCAAAAACAGCCGUAUUGCUCCCCCUGUGCUGUUUCCUCAGAUUUCUUGACAGUGUACAGCACUGUGCUCAGGAGGACCAAGAGACCCCCCCCUCCCAUCUGUCCCCCACCCCUCAUUCACCCCCGAGCAACCUCGGGCCUUGACUAUGUUUGUGGAGGGGACAUGUCCUCUUUGAUGUUGGGGACAACCAAAGACAAUUCCACAGCACUUUCAGCCUCCCUUCCUCGCUUCUCCAGGAGCCCCGUUUUCUGGGAUUGCGGCGUCCUGUUUUUUCCCGUAUUCCCUCCCCCCUUUUCUCAAUUCAGAUCAUUUUUCCCCUCUCCUCUCCCCCCCCCCAAAAAAACAUUGGCGCAGAUUUGAGAGAUCUCUCCAACACGGAGCACACGAUCCCUCUGGACUGCACCCUGAAGCCAUUGUGGGUCUUCUUGGACAAGGACAGUACCGCAAAGUAUUUUGGUGCUAAAUUGGAAGGAGACACCCCGACACCCCAGAAAGCAUCAAGAGAAGAGAGGCACCGUCUGGUGGACGCGACAAUGCCACACGCCAAAUGUUGUCAGCCUGUACCCAAAUCACGGCUGGCGCAACAUCAGGGAGAAUCAUGGGCCUGUCUUGUAUGGAAAACGGAACCAACCUCUGGUCUUUUUCGAGAGGGGGGAAAGCUUGGGGAAGAUUGCAAAACUCAGUGGGGAGAUCCUGUACCCGUUGGGGCAAGGAGGGACGAGCCAUCCAGAGCACUUGUAACAGUACGUCAGGAACGUCCGCUGCAUUAGACACGGGUUUGGCACCCUGGUGGCCUGCUGGGACGAGACAAACCCUUGGACGAGAUCCGUCAUGUAGAGAAGACGAGGUUGGCACCUGUCCUGGCAGCAAAAGAGGGCACAGCUCUAGGGGACGUGCACUUGGGGGGUUGUUGCUUCCAUGCACGUGUUUUAGCCAUGUCCAAGCUACUAGUAGGUGGUUGGGGGGUUUUAUAUUCCCACUGAGUUGGAAAACCAUUGUAUUUGGUCGAUGGGCAUGCAACUUGACCAAGGGGGAGAACAGUGGGAUCCCUCGCUUUGCCAUUUCUUUCCUCCCCCCCCCCCAAUCAUCAGGUCUGUCACUUCCACUUUGUGGUCGCCCCAAUUCAUCUCUAGAUGACCAAAAGACGCAUCAACAGACGCUCCCACGCUUCCUGGUUGGUGUGUGAGGGACAAAAGACGAGCAUCCCUGGUGAGAAGAAGCAACUUGCAGGAAACUCAUUGAUCUUACCGGGGGGAGGGAGGGCGGGUGAAUCAUCCAAGAGCCUUAGAAAAGUGGUCUUCCCCAGACAAAGAGUAAUUAUGCAGCUUUUCAAUCUCAGGCCUAUCGGUAGUCCUGCUUACAACUGCACAUUACAGUUGUUAAGUCGUAACAGUCGUAAAAUGGGUACCUCACAUGGCUGGCCCAAUUUUACAACUUCUUUUGCAACAGUUAUUAAGUGUACAUGGCAGUAGAAAACGAACACCGUACUCAUUAAGCGCACGCCACUGUUGUUAUAGCAAACCCAUUGUUCACUUUAACAGUGACCAGUUAUAAGUCAGGGACUACCUAUAUAGUUGGGAGGGGUCCCCCCAGGCUUGAUUAUGCCAUAGCCAUCAAGGCCUUCCUUACUUCCACAUGCCAGUGGGCUCUGGCACAGCCACAUUAGUUUGUAAGAGGCAUCGCUAAAGACUUUGCAACUGACAAAAAAAACCUGUCCGUUUUCAGGCAGGACUUUAGUUCACAUCAUUCCCACACCUGCCCGCAUCCAGAACCCAUCCAAAGUCUCAAGGGCAAGUAUUUCUCAACCUCGGCCAUUUGAAAACGGGUGGACUUCAACUCCCAGAAUUCCCCAGCUAGCCCUGGUUUUUUUUUUCCCUUCCACCUCCUAGAGCAGAGAGAUUGCAGAGGAAGGGAUGAUAAGAGAGUCAAGCAGGCCACAAAACACGUGAAAAGGAAUGCAUUAUCGCCAGGGAAUUCUGGGAACUGUCUAGACGUCUUCAAGUGGCCCAUGGUUGAGAAACUAAGCUGCUGUUCUUGGUUACCUCCUCUCCUUGUUUCUGGCUUGGUUUUUGCCUUGGGGGGGGCAGGACAGACCCCCAUUUCAAGAAAAAUAGCCAGAGAGACUCUUCAAACCUUCCUUCCCCUCCCCCAAAAUGCCCCCGUUCAUCCUUGGACCGAGUUUUGCUUCCAUCCUUCUGAAACCAAAACUGCAGAUGCCAUUAGACACAACGGCAGCCUCUGCCACCCCCUUGCAAAGAUUUUGCAGGAAACCCCCAAAUGCAACUCCACUCCCUUCCCUGGGUUUUAAUCGCACCUCGGCGGUUUGUCUAAAUAGGGUAAGGGGAGGAAGACAUCCAGCCCCUCCCCACCAACACAACUGAAAAUCCACCUCUCUCUCUCUCAUCCCCCUUUGCGAUCCCUGUUGGGUGUUUUUUUGUUUUUUUUGAAAGAUAUGAAUUAACACUUUCUUUUUUUAAAAAAGAAAAAAAAAUAUUUUUACGCCUUAAAAAAAAAUCGCAGUUUUUUUUUUAAGCAAGUUGUUUUUUUCUUGCCAUUUAUACUGAUUUGGUCCUUUCUCCCCUUUUUAAAAAUACUUUUUCUUUCUCGGUUUUGAAUUGAUGUUGUAUGAUAUUCAAUAUUGUAUCCUCUCUUUUUUUUGGCAUGUUAAUAACUCUGUAAAUAAGACUCUUAUACAUAUUGUUAACAUCUUUUUUUUUUUUCUAUAUAAAAGCCCAGGAAGCAUCUUAGUUAGUGCCCUUGUUAAUGGGGGGGAAAAGGAAUUUUUUUAAAAAAAAUAUAUAAAGAGGGAACAUCCUUCCUCCCGAUUUCUAAAACACUCAUGUUGUGGAAAGAGCUUGUCCCUUGUUCCGGGCAACUGUUUGCAUCAUUCAGAAAAAUUAAAAAUAAUAUUACCAAUAUAUGAGAAAUGAUCACUUUUUAAAAGUUGCUUUGUAUUUCUUCUCUGUUGUGGAAAGCAAAUAAUAAAAUGUCUUUUCAAUCUUGGGCUGGA